GUUCUUGCUGCUUGACAUCUUGCGAGAAAAACAUUGGUCCCUGUUUUCUCGACUUGUUUAUUUCAUUCUCAAUUCAACUUUAUCAAUUCAAUCAAUCAUAGGUACAGAAAUAACAAUUCUUAAUCCUAAAUUUACAUACUAAGGUGGAAUUUAUAUAAUCACAAAAAAUAUUUUCUACUUCAAAAGCAGACUAACAGAAAGAAGCUCUCAAAACUCAAAAGUUUCAUUUUUAUGAAAUAAUAGUCAUAGUAAUUGUUUAUUUCACUAGCUCAGUGAACGCUGAUUUAUAAUUUAACAAUGAAAGAAAAGCGAAAAAAGGAGAAACGAAGCAAGAAACAUAAAGAAAAAAAGAAAGAUCGAAAAGAAAAAAGUCAUCGCCACAGAAGUUCAAGUUCAAGUAGUUAUAAUAGUGAUGAAUGGGUAGAAAAAGAAACUAACUCAUCAAAUGCAACAGAGCGAGAAGACUGGAUGUCUAUGACUGGAAUGUUGAAAACCUACACAAAACAUGAUAUUAAACCUAAAAAAGAAGAAAAGAAAACUCAUAUUGAUUCAUACAACCCUGCUACAAGCAGCAGAGAACUAAACCCCUACUGGAAAGAUGGGGGUUCAGGUUUGCCUCAACAUCCAGAUAGUUUCAGGAAAUCCAGGCAGUUUCUCAAGCCUGCCGACGAUGAUGAUUAUUACUAUUCUAGAUCAUCUUCAUCAAAGCAAGAUUACAAAAGUUCUAAAGAUAAACAAAAUGUAAGUACAAGUGAUAUAUAUAAAAGCCCUAAUGAUUCUUAUAGAUCAUAUAACUGGAAGAAACUGACUGACAAACCAAAAUCACCCAAUAAAGACUGUGCAGUUACACCCAGCCAAAGUACAAAUGUUGAAAAUAAGGAAAGGAAAAAGGAAAACUUAUAUCUAAGUGACGAAAAAAUGAAUAAAUUAGGAGCUAAAAUAGUGAAAGCAGAAAUAAUGGGUGAUAUGAAGCUAGUGGAAGAGUUAAAAGCUAAGUUGGAAGCUGCGCGAGAGUAUAGGAAGAACAAUCCGGAUGCUGGUGAGGAGAAGGAGGCUGAAGGCAUAAUGCUAAUGUCCACAAGUAGUACGGGUAACAGCAGACCACUCACUAAAGAGCAUGGAGACUCUAGAAGCAAAGGAGGAAAGAGGAAAGCUGAAACACAUGUUUCUGGCGAACGAAUGAAAUACUUUGGCAAUGAUGAUAAAUAUAAUUUGGCACAAAUGUUCCAACAGGAGAAAUAUGGUAAUAAUUAUGAUGAUGAAGAACAGUUAGCUAAAAUUGCUGCCAAAAAUACAAAUCCAAAUGAUGACCUUGAAGACAUUUUUGUGGAUGAAAUAUCAAAGAACAGGAAUGAUGCCAAGGACAGCGAAAGAGAGAGACAGAGAGCUAUUAACCAGCAUACCAGGAUAGAAAAGUCAAUAGAAGGUUGUGAAUAUUGUGUUGACUCCAAGAAUAUGUUGAAGCACCUCAUGGUGAGUUGUGCGAGUAAAGUGUACCUGGCAUUACCAGCGAGAAAAUCUCUGGUUACUGGACAUUGUGUUAUUACUACUAUACAACAUUCAACAUGUGUCACUGCUCUGGACGAAGAUGUUUGGGAGGAAGUUCUGAUUUAUAGAAAAGCACUAACACAAUACUUCAACUCUCAAGAUAUGGAUGUGGUUUUUUAUGAGACAGCAACUAGACUGCACAGAUUUCCACAUAUGGUAAUAAACUGCGUGCCAAUGCCUAGAGACGUUGGUGAUGUAGCCGCCAUCUACUUCAAAAAGGCAUUGUUAGAAUGCGAAGCUGAGUGGUCCAUGAAUAAGAAAGUAGUUGAGCUAAAAGGAAAAGAUAUCCGGAAGGGUAUUCCUAAAGGAUUGCCUUAUUUUUGGAUUGAUUUUGCAAUGGAUCCAGGAUUUGCACAUGUUAUAGAAGACCAACAGUUGUUCCCUAAAACUUUUGCUGAGGAAGUAAUAGCUGGUAUAUUAGACCUGGAACACAGUACAUGGAAAAACCCUCGCAAGGACUAUGGUGAUGUUCAAAGGAAGAAAGUUUUAGAUUUCGUAAAAGAGUGGAAACCUUUUGAUCCAUUUAUAAAAUAAAUUAUGGUACAUUGGUAUCAAAAACAUAAAUAUAACAUUCAACAUGUGUAAUAGUGACUUGUCCAUACUUUUUAUUAUUGAACAAUAUGAUAAAAAAGGCUUGUGUAUUUUGUAAAAUAUAUUUGAUCCUUAUAACAAUAAAUUACUUUAUCAAGUA